AUGGUGUCCCGGGCAGCAGCGCUGCUGCUGCUGCUCUUAGGCCCGCUUGGUCAGACGCUGGUGGUGCCCUCAGCGCUGCUCCUUCUAGCCUUGCCUCAGGGGGCGCUCGCGUUCUACUUGCCGGGAGUUGCUCCACAGGACUUCAAGAAGAAAGACCCCAUCACCCUCAAGGUGAACAAGCUGUCCUCGGUGAAGACGCAGCUGCCGUAUGAGUACUACUCGCUGCCCUACUGCCGGCCAGAGAAGAUCGUGCCGUUUGCAGAAAACCUGGGCGAGGUGUUGCGCGGCGACCGGAUCGAAAACUCCCUAUACCAGCUGUCCAUGCGCCAGGACGAGCAGUGCAAGGUGCUGUGCCGCAUCCAAGCGCUCAGCGCGGCUCAGGCCAAGGCGUUUGUUGACAAGAUCGCGGAUGACUACAAAGUCAACAUGUGA